AGGUUUGGCGCAGUGGCUCUCAGCACCCCCACUAUACAAAUUGUUCCAGCAUCUCUGGAAGCCAGUGGCUUUCUACGUCUUGUUUUCAUUUGCAGAGCCCUAAAAAUUUCAGAUAGCGUGUGUGCAAAUAAGUCCAGAAUGCUGAAUCUGUAACAAGAUAUAUUGGAAUGAUACUUAUCUGAAAAGAAAAAGUCAUUCUAACUAACAUAUGCAUAAUUUAUGCUGUCAUUUUGAAGUUGACUGUAUAAUGACUGAUGCAAGGAGUGGUGGAAGCAAGGGAGUCCCGGCUGCAGGAGACAACCACCCCCAAAAAAGUAAACCUAAAUUUCAAGGAUGGUGACCAACCCCUUGGCAUAUGUCAGGAAAAAUACAUAGAAGAGAGCUAAAUAAAGACUGAGCAAAACAUGAUCUCUUCCUUGUGGUUCAUUUGCUGUAUAAUUCCUUAUGUUUCUUCGUUCAAUGCUGAACAAAGGAAGCUGUCUAGUCAUUUCGUACUUGUAGGAGAGCCUACUGCUAUCAGUUGUCAAAUAGCUAAAAUUCCAACAUUUCACUCUGACUACAAUCUGACUUGGUAUAGAAAUGGUAGCGAUACACCAAUAACUACAGAGACACGUUCCAGAAUCCAUCAGCGAGAUAACGUGCUUUGGUUUAUUCCUGCAACUUUAGAAGAUUCAGGACUUUAUGAAUGUAACAUAAGGAAUUCUGACAGCUCUGACAAAGAAUAUAUACAUCUACAUGUUUUCAAGAACAAUGAUGGCUUAUGUUUUAAUGGAGAAAUUAUGUAUAAACAAAAAGUAUUUAUGUCAAUUGGUGGAAAGAUUACAUGUCCUGAUCUGGAAUAUUUUAAUGAUGAAAAUAAUACCGCACCUGAAAUACAGUGGUAUAAGGAAUGUAAACCUGGAUUACUGCAAGACAACAGAUUUCUCUCUUCAAAGGGUGACAUCUAUCUUAUGAUUAAUAACGUAACUAUGCAUGAUAAAGGAAACUACACGUGCCAGACAACAUAUACUUAUAUGGGAAUACAACAUAACGUUUCACGAACCAUUUAUGUAGACAUUGAAGAGGGCCCAAAGAAGACACCACCAGUGUUUGUUUAUCCAAAAAACCAUUCGAUUGAAGUAGAACUCGGAUCUCAUGUCAUCAUGGACUGUAAUAUAUCCAGUAGCAUAAGUACUUUGAAUCCGUACUGGCAAGUCAAUGGUGAGGAUGUUAAUAUCUUUGAUAAUACCUACGAAGAACAAUUCUAUGAAAAACCUUCCCAGGGAGGUGGUUUUAUAAUUGGAGCAAGAUUCAACAUUUCAAAAGUGAAAAGUAAGGAUUAUUCUCACAAGUUUUUCUGUCGUGUUUUGCAUCCCUAUGGCGAAGCUGUAGCAUACAUUGUACUAAAACGCCCAGCUCCAAACAUUCAGGGAUACUUGAUUGGAGGACUUGUUUCAUUGGUAUUUAUAAUAGUUGCUGCUGUGUUUGUCUACAAGCUACUCAAGAUUGACAUUGUGCUUUGGUAUCGGAACUCCUGCCAUCCUUUUCUGAGUAAAAAAGUUUCAGAUGGGAAGAUCUAUGAUGCAUACGUGCUGUAUCCAAAAAACAGAGUAAGCUGCCUCUAUUCACCAGAUAUCUUUGCGCUAAAGAUAUUACCUGAGGUCUUAGAGAGACAGUGUGGAUACAAUCUCUUUAUAUUUGGAAGGGAUGAUUUACCAGGACAAGCUGUUGUCAAUGUCGCUGAUGAAAAAAUCAACCAAAGCAGAAGAGUGAUAAUUGUGUUAGUACCAGAAUCAUCCUGUUAUAGUGUGUUAGAAGAUACCUGUGAACAGCAACUGGCUGUGUACAAUGCUCUUAUCCAUGAUGGAAUUAAAGUUAUUCUAAUUGAACUGGAUAAAAUAAAGGAUUACACAAACAUGCCAGAAUCUAUCAAAUAUAUUAAGCAAAAGCAUGGGGCCAUCAGAUGGAAAGGGAACUUCACAGAGAGAUCUCAUUCAGCAAGUACAAAAUUCUGGAAAAAUGUACGAUACCAAAUGCCACCCAGGCAAACUGUCUCCCCCUCAGAACUACAGUUACUACCAACAGCUUUUAAUUCUCCACAUUCAGUAAUGUUGGAAAGAUGACACCGAAGUUCAGUUUUAACAGCUGUGAGCAGCUCACUUCAACUGCUUUUUAAAUGGUUGGUCAUAGGAUACCCAUAUGUGUUAUACACUGUCCAUCUCAUUUGGAGACUUACAAGAUUAAAGCCUCCACAACAUCGUUAUUGACAGAUUUGAAAAGCUGAUUGACCAUCCAUUUCCCUGAGCAGAUCAACCGAACACUCUGAUGCAUUGUUUCAAUAUUGCAGUGGCCUGUAACAAGAACUGCAGGACUUCUUCAAGAAAUACAUUUUUUGUAAGGAAAACGAAAAACAUUUUUUGCACUUUUAAAGACUUUUUUUUUCUAAAUAGAAAAAGGAUGAAAAUGAAGGAAAUAGUGUUGUUAUAUCUUGACUUUUAUAUGAUGGGUUUAGGUCUGGAAAACUGUAGUUUUGAAUGAAACAAUUAAAACUCUAGUUCAUGUAUGUGUUGCAAUCUAUUAAUUAUGGACUUAUUCAAUCCACUACAAGAAGAAUCCUUAUAUUACAUCAUGUGGUAUUGUCCAAGGGGAGAGGUGAGAGGGAGACAUAAGACAAGAAGGGGACCUUGUACUCGUCGGUCAAAGAAUUUAACUUUUUUUUCAGCGUUACUCUCUAGAGCAACUCUUGCAGUAGCUGAUUCUGUAAGGCUAGAAACAUUUUUAUUAUAAACCAAUGUUUUCAAUAUUAUCUUCAGAAAAAGCCUCUUGGGACUGAAGCGUAUAAUGUUUGGUCUUUGCAUUUUUUAAAGUUUAAGGAAAAUCUACUCAGAUGAUUGAGUUAAGUGAUAAGUGUAUAUGUACAUUAUCCCACUCCGAACAAAAAUCACAUUUUUUGCACACAGUCAAUUCAAUUGACCAAAUAUUAAAGUGUCAUUUGUAGCUGGCUGUUUUUAAUUCAUCAUGUACACAACGUAAUUGCUGAACUAUUGUGCUACACUUGAGUUUCUAUAUGUAGAUAGUAGUGUAGUUUGAAAUCUGGAGCUGUACAAAUGUCCUAGUACACAUUCCAAAGUGGAGCAGCUAGGAUUUUCUCUCUCCUUUGUUUUUGAGGGGAACCUUCCUGCCCUCCAAAAACCUGUUCACAUAGCAUUAAGGUUGUAAAUUUAAAGAAUAAGGAGAUACAGAAGUUAAUUUUCCCAUGGCAAUAUUAAAUUGCCCACAUUUUACAUAUUGUAUAUUUAGAUAUACAUUUCAAGUCAUUAGAUUUAAUGUUGUGUGCAAUUUUGGAGUCUUGUUGCUUGACUGCUAAAAAUGGACAGUGUACACAGUGUCAGAUGUUUUUUGAAAACCUCUGAUUUCUGAAUUUUCUUGAAUUGAUGCUCAAAUAUUUCCAUGAAAAAAAUCAGUAAAUUACUCAGGCUUGAGUUAAAUAUUUCCAUAUACUGAUUACAGUAUGAUCAUUCUGACAUUCCUUGCUUUAAAACUGUCCAUUAAUUAUAUUUUGUCGAGGAUCAGGACACCAGUUCUGUAGAAGAAGCCAAGCUUUAUUGCUGACCUACUUUAUAAAAAGUGGGUAAACUUGCACCUCUUGAAGGGUUAAUUUCUGUACAAAGCAUUCAUCCUUUGUUUUGACUAAUGUGAUGAUGAUGAAUUAAGUAGUUGCAAGUAGUGAUAUGGGCAACACUUGUUUUUCUGGGUUCUAUUUCCAGUUCUGCCACUUGCCUACUAUGUGGGCAAGUCAUUUCGCCUC